CCCUGGCCGGCCGGUCUCUGGGUCUCCUUCCCUCUCCCUUACUUUCUCCCCAGUCCCUCCCCUCCCCUCCCCCUUCCCUCCUCCGGCUCCAGCCUGUGAGGGCGCGCGGGUGGAGGAGGCUAUGGAGUGAGCUGGCUGCUUCCGCCGAAGCCGAGCCGGAGCCACCUGGAGGCGUUCGUCAGGGCAGGGGAGACGAGCCCAGCACCGCCCCUCCCGGGAGAAGAGAAGAGGAAUUAUAAUUGCCCAAUAUUGCAGCCAUGGAGUCCAUGCUUAAUAAGUUGAAGAGUACUGUUACAAAAGUAACAGCUGACGUCACUAGUGCUGUAAUGGGAAAUCCUGUCACUAGAGAAUUCGAUGUUGGUCGACACAUUGCCAGUGGUGGGAAUGGGCUAGCUUGGAAGAUUUUUAAUGGCACAAAAAAGUCAACAAAACAGGAAGUGGCUGUUUUUGUCUUUGAUAAAAAGCUGAUUGACAAAUAUCAAAAAUUUGAAAAGGAUCAAAUCAUCGAUUCUUUAAAACGAGGAGUCCAACAGUUAACUCGGCUACGGCACCCUCGACUUCUUACUGUCCAGCAUCCUUUAGAAGAAUCCAGGGAUUGCUUGGCAUUUUGUACAGAACCAGUUUUUGCCAGUUUAGCCAAUGUUCUAGGUAACUGGGAAAAUUUGCCUUCUACUGUGUCUCCAGACAUUAAGGAUUAUAAACUUUAUGAUGUAGAAACUAAAUAUGGUUUGCUUCAGGUUUCUGAAGGAUUGUCAUUUUUGCAUAGCAGUGUGAAAAUGGUUCAUGGAAAUAUUACACCUGAAAAUAUAAUUUUGAAUAAAAGUGGAGCUUGGAAAAUAAUGGGCUUUGAUUUUUGUGUAUCAUCGACCAAUCCUUCUGAACAAGAGCCCAAGUUUCCAUGUAAAGAAUGGGACCCAAAUUUACCAUCAUUGUGUCUUCCAAAUCCUGAAUAUUUGGCUCCUGAAUACAUACUUUCUGUGAGCUGUGAAACGGCCAGUGAUAUGUACUCUUUAGGAACUGUCAUUUAUGCUGUAUUUAACAAAGGGAAACCUGUAUUUGAAAUUAACAAGCAAGAUAUUUAUAAGAGUUUCAGUAGGCAGUUGGAUCAGUUGAGUCGUUUAGGAUCUAGUUCACUUACAAAUAUACCUGAGGAAGUCCGUGAACAUGUAAAACUACUGUUAAAUGUAACUCCAACUGUAAGGCCAGAUGCAGAUCAAAUGACAAAGAUUCCUUUCUUUGAUGAUGUUGGUGCAGUAACACUGCAGUAUUUUGAUACCUUAUUCCAAAGAGAUAACCUUCAGAAAUCACAGUUUUUCAAAGGACUGCCAAAGGUUCUACCAAAAUUGCCCAAGCGUGUCAUUGUGCAGAGAAUUUUGCCUUGCUUGACUUCAGAAUUUGUAAACCCUGACAUGGUACCUUUUGUUUUGCCCAAUGUUCUAAUGAUUGCUGAAGAAUGCACCAAAGAAGAAUAUGUCAAAUUAAUUCUACCUGACCUUGGCCCUGUCUUUAAACAGCAGGAGCCAAUACAGAUUUUGUUAAUUUUCUUACAAAAAAUGGAUUUGCUACUAACCAAAACUCCUCCUGAUGAAAUAAAGAACAGUGUCCUACCAAUGGUUUACAGAGCACUAGAGGCUCCUUCCAUUCAGAUCCAGGAACUCUGUCUAAACAUCAUUCCAACCUUUGCAAAUCUUAUAGACUACCCAUCUAUGAAAAAUGCUUUGAUACCAAGAAUUAAAAAUGCAUGUCUACAAACAUCUUCCCUUGCUAAAGACUCUGAGAUGGAAUACAACACUAAAGUUCGUGUAAAUUCAUUAGUAUGCUUAGGAAAGAUUUUGGAAUACUUGGAUAAGUGGUUUGUACUUGAUGAUAUCCUGCCCUUCUUACAACAAAUUCCAUCCAAGGAACCUGCAGUCCUCAUGGGGAUUUUAGGCAUUUACAAAUGUACUUUUACUCAUAAGAAGUUGGGAAUCACCAAAGAGCAGCUGGCUGGAAAAGUAUUGCCUCAUCUGAUUCCUCUGAGUAUUGAAAAUAAUCUUAAUCUCAAUCAGUUCAAUUCGUUCAUUUCCGUCAUUAAAGAGAUGCUUAAUAGAUUGGAGUCUGAACAUAAGACUAAACUGGAACAACUUCAUAUAAUGCAAGAACAGCAGAAAUCUUUGGAUAUAGGAAAUCAAAGGAAUAUUUCUGAAGAGACAAAAGUUACAAAUGUUGGAUCUCAGAUUGACAAAGUUUUCAACAACAUUGGAGCAGACCUUCUGACUGGUGGUGAAUCAGAAAAUAAAGAGGAUGUAUUACAGAAUAAACAUAAAAGAGCAUCACUUACACUUGAAGAAAAACAAAAAUUAGCAAAAGAACAGGAGCAGGCACAGAAGUUGAAAAGUCAGCAGCCUCUUAAACCCCAAGUACAUACACCUAUUGCUCCAGUGAAACAGACUAAGGACUUGACAGACACAUUGAUGGAUAGUAUGUCAUCUUUGACCAGCCUGUCUGUUAGUACCACUAAAAGUUCUGCUUCAAGUACCUUCACUUCUGUUCCUUCCAUGGGCCUUGGCAUGAUGUUUUCUACACCAGUUGAUAAUACAAAGAGAAACUUGACAAAUGGCCUAAAUGCUAACAUGGGCUUUCAGACCUCAGGAUUCAACAUGCCGGUUAAUACAAACCAGAACUUCUUCAGUAGUCCAAGCACACCUGGAGUGACCACGAUGACAAUGGGAACACCUUCCACUUUGCCAAACUUCAAUGCUGUGGGGGUUCCUCCUGCUGGUGCAAAGCAGACUCAACAGAGACCCCCAGAUAUGUCUGCUCUUAAUAAUCUCUUUGGCCCUCAGAAACCCAAAGUUAGCAUGAACCAGUUAUCACAACAGAAACCAAAUCAGUGGCUUAAUCAGUUUGCACCUCCUCAAGGGUCUCCAGGUAUGGGCAGUUCAGUAAUGGGAACACAAAUGAACAUGAUGGGACAAUCUGCCUUUGGUAUGCAAGCCAAUCCUUUCUUUAACCCACAGAACUUUGCACAGCCACCAACUACUAUGACCAAUAGCAGUUCAGCUAGCAAUGAUUUAAAAGAUCUGUUUGGGUGAGGUGUAUUGCUCCUAUUUUUAAAGGAUUCAAUUUUAAUCAUGUGUGAACUGAUUGACAUCUUUAUAUAGUUGGCUUGGAGGAACUAUUUCUGUGGGAAAAGGAAUGGUUCUAAGAUAGAAAACAUCUGUUUCUAUGCCAGCAUAGUCGUUGUAUGGACUCCUCUAACAGAGUUUUUAAAGCAUUGAGGAAUUUUUUCCCUCUUACCAUAUUCUCUUUGGGUUUUUAAAAGACCCAACCUGUACCAAUCUCAAAGAGAAGAUACCUGAGGAUCUUGAAUAGCAAAAUUUUUUAAUCAAAUGUUUAUUUUGCUUGUAAAUCUUAUUUUAAAAAGUUGAGUUGAUGGUAAUUGCAAGUUUUACCUAUUAAAUACUACAUGGUACAUAGUCUGCCUUCACAAGUCAUUAGUCUUCAUUUCAAUAUGUGAAAAAUCUUGAUGCUGUGUUGAUUUGUUUGCAUUUAGUAUGAUUGAGUGAGAAAAUAAUAAGCAUAAUGAGAAAAGGAUCAUUACUUUUUCCAAUCUUAUUUACUUCUCAGAUGAACUAAUGUUUAGUACAAAAGACUGAGCAAAUACUGCAAAAUUUAACUUAACAUUGAUUUCAUUGGUUCAAACUAAAGGCAUUACUAACCAUCUUAAAUGCAAAUUAAUCAUUGUAAAUUAUAUUUUAGCAUGGUCUGCCUCAAAUAGUAAUGUAUUUUUCUGCAUUUCCUUGGAUAUAUUUAGAAUCACUUUUUCCUAUGGUGUCCAGAUAGGAGAGGUAUGUACUGAUUUGUACAUAUAUUUGACAAAGCUCCCUGAUGUGAUUUCCCUGACUACUGCCUUUAUAUUUCACUUGAAUUCAAAAUUCCGAGGUUGCAGUAUAUAUGAAUUGCAUUUUCAAAAGGAGAUUUGUAAGAAUUAAACUAUAUUUAAUGAGUAAACAUUUGAGAUUUCUGCUGUAUUGUUUCAAAUGUAAUAAACUUUACUUCUAUAAAAAUGAGCAGUUGUAUCUUCUGGCUACCAAGAGAUUAAUUUUGAGUUUACCAUGAUAAAGUGUGACCUCAUCAAUUACUACAACUGAAGUUUACUUCUUUCUAGGAAUUUCAGAAACCUUUUGUUUGAAAGUUAUAAAUAGAUAUUUUUAGAAGGAAAGAAUAAAUUCUUCUAACAGGAAACAUGCUUUAUUUUUCAAAGCCUUUCUCUGAUAUUUUUCUUUGAUUUGCUGAUUACUCAUUCAGUCGCAGAUGGAGCCGUAUGUUAUAAACGUGAUUUUUAUUUUGUUAAAUUAUAUUCUGCCAUUAUAUGACAACUUUAAAAUCAUCUUUCAGAGGAAUAUAUAUGUAUUAUAGUUGCUGCCGUAGAGUUUGUGGUUUUUUAAAUAUGAGACCAGCAAUUCUUUAAAAUAAAUCAUAUGCUAUUUAGUGUGCUGAUACUAAGUUUUCAUUGAAAUACGUAUGUAUACACAUACUAAAUAUAUCAUUGACCAGACAGUACUUGAUUAUAAAGUGAUGGUAAUAUUGAUAGUGGCAUUCAGUAAGAGUAUAAUUUAAAAAAUAAAAAGUCAGCACCUGGCCAGUGUUGCUCAGUGGUUGGGCAUCUACCCAUGAACCAGGAGGUCACCUUUCGAUUCUCAGUCAGGGCACAUGCCUGGGUUGUGGGCACAGUCCCCAGUAGGGGGUGUGCAGGAGGCAGCCAAUCAGUGAUUGAUCGUCUCUCAUCUUUGAUGUUUCUAUCACUCUGUCCCUCUCUCUGAAAUCAAUAAAAACAUAUUUAAAAAAUAAAAAGUCAGCUUUAUAUUGGGGUUCUGUAUGAGCUGUAUUUUGUUACAUGGUUUUAGAAAAAGGACUCAAAUACUGAAAAAACAGCCAAGAAAUAAAAAGCACUAGGAAGAUCAAGUGUUUUGUCAAAUACAUUCACCUUGACCAGAUUAUGUCUUGUUUGUAACACAAUAUUUCUCUUGAGAAAAGUUUACAUAUGGAAUAAAAUUGCUUAAUGUUAA